ACCAGGUCAGGUCAAAGUAGAGCAACGUAAUGCCAUACCUGAUCAAUGUUAACAACAGACGUGUCCCAGGGAAUACAGAAGUAUGUGGCUGCUCCUCACCAUUGUCCUGUCUUACAGUAUCGUCUGCCUGAAUGGGAAUCAUACCACAACAGGUCGUGAAUAUAGCCUUGACUGUGUAAGUGAUUACCUGUUCACCAUUAACUGUUCCCUGAGCAUCCUGCCAGAGGUUGCUCAUACAGACCAGUCCUCUUACUGGCUGCGCAUUGAGGACCUCUCUUUCGGGACGGUAUUUGAUAGUGGGAAGCUGAAGAAAACCCAUGGCUAUUACUCCUGUUCAUUGGACACUUCCCAUCCAGAUUCUGCUGUUGAUCCAGAUCCUGAUGAGGAGCCCGAUUUUUUUUUUGACACUUCGAGAUUUAAGAUCACUCUCUAUCACAACAGAAGCAAUGGACAUGUAAGCUCCACCUUGCUGGAUAAGGAAUACAUGCCAGUAAAGCAUAUCAAACCCAAUGCACCAUUCAAUCUCACCGUCAGCCGGAUGUCAAGUCAGCACCGUGUUACCUGGAUGAGUAGCUAUGAGAAAUAUCUACAAUUUGGCAAUCUUCUGUCUGACAACCUGAAGUACCAACUCUGGUUCUACAGAAGUGGCCACCAAGGCAACGUUGUCGAAGUUCCACACUCAACUAAUAUCUCAGUGAACAAUGAAAAUUUUGAGCCAGACACAGAGUACACUGUAAACGUGAGGUCCAUCCCCAACCAACAACAGUAUCAAGGCCAGUGGAGUGAAUGGGCAACGGAGGUUCGUUGGAGGACUGAUCCCACACAAAAAGUCGGAGAAUUUCCAACAAACACAUUUACUGCCAUCUUAUGUGUGCUGGUUCCAGUACUGCUAAUUCUGUGCUACAUUCCAAUUGUAAGGUUGAAUAAAUCCACCUUCAUCCCAACUCCAGCACCGUACUUCCAGUCCCUUUACGCUGACUGUGAGGGGGACUUCAGGAGCUGGGUUGUGACCCCAGGCUCUGGGGCAGACUUAUUCAAGACAGAGGAAACCUUGCAAAUCGACACCCUGACUGAGACCAUACCGGUCCGGGAUGAUGACCACUCCUCACUGGUGCCCCAUCACAUGAUCCAAGAGGGCCCCAGCGACAACCUGUCUAACCCAGCGUCUGAUGCGCUUUUCCUGGGCAUUGCUUAUGCUGUAUCUCUGGGGUCACCACUCCCGGCACCCAGAGGCCCACUGAAGAGUGUGUCUCUGAGUGAGCCAGAGAGCACCAUCGAAGCAGACUCGGGGUGUUGGCUGCACAGCACCACAUCUCUGGAGCGGGAGAGUGCCUGGUACAGCAACGUGAACAGCAGCAGUGACUACUGCACCCUAUCAGACACUGGGAAUUGUCAGGAAGUUACCCCUAGAGUCUAUUGACGCACCGGUGCGUCAAUCUAAGCAACAUAAUACAAAAUCCCCAUCCAAAUCAGUCAGUUUAAGUUAGAGAUAUGUUUUUUAUAUGGGCUGCGUCUCAAUCCGCCAGAUCCGCCCAUGUCUCCCUUCCACAUCUGCGGUGGAAAUUGGCAGAGCUACAGCGCUGUUAGUCAGACCAGGAGACAUCCCGAAAAUUGGUGAUGAAAACAUUGUCUAAAGGUAACCCACACAAAUGAAUGGAAAUAUGGAGGUAGUUUUGUGCCAACAAAAUUAAGGGGUUAAAUAUGUGUAAAAAAACAACAACAUAUAUUAUAUAUAAUGAACAAAAAUAUAAAUGCAACUUAUAAAGUGUUGAUCUGAUGUUUCAUGAGCUGAAAUAAAGGAUCCCAGAAAAUUUCCAUAUGCACAAAAAGCUUAUUUCUCUCAAAAUGUGUGCACAAAUUUGUUUACAUCCCUGCUAGUGAGCAUUUCUCCUUUGCCAAGAUAAUUCACCUACCUGACAGGUGUGGCAUAUCAAGAAGCUGAUUAAACAGCAUGAUCAUUACACCUUGUGCUUGGGACAAUAAAAGGCCACUCUAACAUGUGCUGUUUUGUCACACAACACAAUUGUUUUGCCACAGAUGCCUCAAGUUUUGAGGGAGCAUGCAAUUGGCAUGCUGGCUGUCGGAAUGUCCACCAGAGCUGUUGCUAGAGAAUUGAAUGUUCAUUUCUCUACCAUAAGCUGCCUCCAAUGUCAUUUUAGAGAAUUUGGCAGCAUGUCCAACCGGCGUUACAAGCGCAGACCACGUGUAACCACGCCAGCUCAGGACCUCCACAUCUGGCUUCUUGACCUGUGGGAUUGUCUGUGACCAGCCACCCAGACAGUUGAUGAAGAGGAGAAUUUAUAUCUUGUUAGGAAAAACUCAUUCUGAUUAGCUGGGCCUGGCUCCCCAGUGGGUGGCCUUCCCAGGCUCACCCAUGGCUGUGCCCCUGCCCAGUCAUGUGAAAUCCAUAGAUUAGGGCCUAAUGAAUAUAUUUCAAAAGACUCAUUUCCUUCCUCAGUAAAAUCAUUCAAAUUGAUGCAUGUUGUGUUUAUAUUUUUGUUCAGUAUAUAUAUAUUUCCUAAGCUUUCUUAUAUCUCUGAGAUAUAGGACAGACACUUCAAAACCCUAUUCCUUAUGAUACCUUUUUUGACUGUCUUUUUAUCCACUUAUGAACGUGUUAUUUGAUGUGUUUCUAUGGGCUGUCGUAGUAAAGGCCAAAUUCAGUAUUUUAACAAAUACAUAAAAAAAGAUAGGACCCUAAAGGGGUCCUAAAAUUCUAAAUCAAAUGGCUAAAUGAUCCAUGGUAUGACCUCACCCCAACAGCAUUUUUUUGCCCCAGCACUACACAGCUGAUUCAAAUAAUCAAAGCUUCAUGAUGGGACCGAGUUUGGGAAAACCCUGGUCAAGACACUUCUCUAAUUCAAUCAAUGAUGUAUAUAAACCCUGGAUUGCUGAUGCCAUGUAUUGGUCAUUGAGAGGCUUUGAAGCCACCGGUCGGCCAUAUUGCCACUCCCUAAAAAGAGCAGUCCUCCAUAAGAAUUCAUGGAAUUCUACAGUAUUUCAAUUAAAUGUUUCAAGGAAAAUGUUUAUAUUUUGUUGUAGUGGGGACAGUAACAUCUAAAUAUAUAUAUAUAUAUACACUGCUCAAAAAAAUAAAGGGAACACUAAAAUAACACAAAAAUAAUACAUCCGAGAUCUGAAUGAAUGAAAUAUUAUUAUUAAAUACUUUUUUCUUUAAAUAGUUGAAUGUGCUGACAACAAAAUCACACAAAAAUGAUCAAUGGAAAUCAAAUUUAUCAACCCAUGGAGGUCUGGAUUUGGAGUCACACUCAACAUUAAAGUGGAAAACCACACUACAGGCUGAUCCUACUUUGAUGUAAUGUCCUUAAAACAAGUCAAAAGGAGGCUCAGUAGUGUGUGUGGCCUCCACGUUCCUGUAUGACCUCCCUACAACGCCUGGGCAUGCUCCUGAUGAGGUGGCAGAUAGUCUCCUGAGGGAUCUCCUCCCAGACCUGGACUAAAGCAUCCACCAACUCCUGGACAGUCUGUGAUGCAACGUGACGUUGGUGGAUGGAGCGAGACAUGAUGUCCCAGAUGUGCUCAAUUGGAUUCAGGUCUGAGGAACGGGCGGGCCAGUCCAUAGCAUCAAUGCCUUCCUCUUGCAGGAACUGCUGACACACUCCAGCCACAUGAGGUCUAGCGUUGUCUUGCAUUUGGAAGAACCCAGGGCCAACCCCACCAGCAUAUGGUCUCACAAGGGAUCUGAGGAUCUCAUCUCGGUACCUAAUGGCAGUCAGGCUACCUCUGGCGAGCACAUGGAGGGCUGUGCGGCCCCCCAAAGAAAUGCCACCCCACACCAUGCCUGACCCACCGCCAAACCGGUCAUGCUGGAGGAUGUUGCAGGCAGCAGAACGUUCUCCACGGCGUCUCCAGACUCUGUCACGUCUGUCACAUGUGCUCAGUGUGAACCUGCUUUCAUCUGUGAAGAGCACAGGGCGCCAGUGGCGAAUUUGCCAAUCUUGGUGUUCUCUGGCAAAUGCCAAACGUCCUGCACGGUGUUGGGCUGUAUAAAGCACAACCCCCACCUGUGGACGUCGGGCCCUCAUACCACCCUCAUGGAGUCUGUUUCUGACCGUUUGAGCAGACACAUGCAUAUUUGUGGCCUACAGGAGGUCAAUUUUGCAGGGCUUUGACAGUGCUCCUCCUGCUCCUCCUUGCACAAAGGCGGAGGUAGCGGUCCUGCUGCUGGGUUGUUGCCCUCCUUACUGGCCUCCUUCACGUCUCCUGAUGUACUGGCCUGUCUCCUGUUAGCCCCUCCAUGCUCUGGACACUACGCUGACAGACACAGCAAACCGUCUUGCCACAGCUCGCAUUGAUGUUCCAUCCUGGAUGAGCUGCACUACCUGAGCCACUUGUGUGGGUUGUAGACUCCGUCUCAUGCUACCACUAGAGUGAAAGCACCGCCAGCAUUCAAAAGUGACCAAAACAUCAGCCAGGAAGCAUAGGAACUGAGAAGUGGUCUGUGGUCACCACCUGCAAAACCACUCCUUUAUUGGGGGUGUCUUGCUAAUUGCCUAUAAUUUCCACCUGUUGUCUAUUCCAUUUGCACAACAGCAUGUGACAUUUAUUGUCAAUCAGUGUUGCUUCCUAAGUGGACAGUUUGAUUUCACAGAAGUGUGAUUGACUUGCAGUUACAUUGUGUUGUUUAAGUGUUCCCUUUAUUUUUUUGAGCAGUGUGUGUAUAUAUAUAUAUAUAUAUAUAUUACCAAUCAAACGUUUUGAUACACUUACUCAUUCGAGUGUUUUUCUUUAUUUUUACCAUUUUCUACAUUGUAGAAUAAUAGCAAAGACAUCAAAACUAUGUAAUAACACAUAUGGAAUCAUGUAGCAACAAAAAAAUGUUUAAAAAAUCCAAAUAUAUUUUUUAUUGGAGAUUCCUCAAAGUAGCCACCCUUUGCCUUGAUGACAGCUUUGCACACUCUUGCCAUUAUCUCAACCAGCUUCACCUGGAAUGCUUUUCCAACAGUCUUGAAGGAGUUCUCACAUAUGCUGAGCACUUGUUGGUCGCUUUUCCUUCACUCUGCGGUCCAACUCAUCCCAAACCAUCUCAAUUGGGUUGAGGUCGGGUGAUUGUGGAGGCCAGGUCAUCUGAUGCAGCACUCUAUCACUCUCCUUCUUGGUCAAAUAGCCUUUACACAGCCUGGAGGUGUGUUGGGUCAUUGUCCUGUUAAAAAAUAAAUGAUAGUCCCAGUAAGCGCAAACCAGAUGGGAUGGCGUAUCGCUGCAGAAUGCUGUGGUAGCCAUGCUGGUUAAGUGUGCCUUGAAUUCUAAAUAAAUCACAGACAGUGUCACCAGCAAAGCACCAUCCCACCUCCUCAUCCAUUGUUCACGCUGGGAACUACACUGGCGCCUCCGCAAGGCAAUCAAACAAGUAAAGCGUCAGUACAGAGACAAAGUAGAGUCGCAAUUCAAUGGCUCAAACACGAGACGAAUGUGGCAGGGUCUACAGACAAUCACAGAUUACAAAAAGAAAACCAGCCCCGUCGCGUACACCAGUGUCUUGCUCCCAGACAAAUGAAACAACUUCUUUGCGCGCUACCAAAGACUGUGGGCUCUCCUUCUCUGUGGCCAAUGUGAGUAAAACAUUAAAACUUGUUAACCCUCGCAAGGCUGCCGGCCCAGACGGCAUCCCUAGCCGCAUCCUCAGGUCAUGCGCAGACCAGCUGGCUGGUGUGUUUAUGGACAUAUUCAAUCAAUCCCUAUUGUUCCUGUUCCCAAGAAAGCUAAGGUAACUGAACUAAAUGACUAUUGCCCCGUAGCACUCACUUCUGUCAUCAUGAAGUGCUUUGAGAGACUAGUCAAGGGUCAUAUCACCUCCACCCUACCCGAUACCCUAGAUCCACUCCAAUUUGCUUACCCCCAAUAGGUCCACAGACGAUGCAAUCACCAUCACACUGCACACUGCCCUAUCCCAUCUGGAGAAGAGGAAUACCUAUGUAAGAAUGCUGUUCAUUGACUACAGCUCAGCAUUCAACACCACAGUACCCUCUAAACUCAUCAUUAAGCUUGAGACCCUGAGUCUUGACCGGCACUCUCUGCCACUGGGUCCUGAACUUUCUAAUGGGCCACCCCGCAGGGGGUGAAGGUAGGUAGAAAACAUCUCCACCCCGCUGAUCCUCAACACUGGGGAACCACAAGGGUGCGUUCUCAGCUCUCUCCUGUACUCCCUGUUCACCCAUGACUGCGUGGCCAUGCACGCCUCCAACUCAAUCAUUAAAUUUGCAAAAUACAUUACAGUUACAUUACACUACAGUAAGGAAAUGAGGGCCCUCGGAGUGUGGUGUCAGGGAAAUAACCUCUCACUCAAUGUCAACAAAACAAAGGAGAUGAUUGUGGACUUCAGGAAACAGCAGAGGGAGCACCCCACUAUCCACAUCGAUGGGACAGUAGUGGAGAAAGUGGAAAGUUUUAAGUUUCUCGGCGUACACAUCACAGGCAAACUGAAAUGGUCCACCCACACAGACAUGGUGGUGAAGAAGACGUAUCAACCUCAGGAGGCUGAAGAUAUCUGGCUUGUCACCUAAAACCCUCACAAACCUUUACAUAUGCACAAUCGAGAGCAUCCUGUCGGGCUGUAUCCUUGCCAGGUACGGCAACUGCACAGCCCACAACAGCAGGGCUCUCCAAAGGGUGUUGCGGUCUGUACAACACAUGACCGGGGGCAAACUAUCUGCCCUCCAGGACACCUACACCACCCGAUCUCACAGGAAGGCCAAAAGAUCAUCAAGGACAACAACCACCCGAGCCACUGCCUGUUCACCCCGCUAUCAUCAUCCAGAAGGCGAGGUCAGUAGAGGUGCAUCAAAGCUGGGACCGAGAAACUGAAAAACAGCUUCUAUCCCAAGGCCAUCAGACUGCCAACAUACAUACUCAAAUCACUAGCCACUUUAAGAAAUGGAUUUAAUAAAGGUAUCAUUACUCACUUUAAAUAAUGCCACUUUAAUAAUGUUUACAUAUCCUACAUGACUCAUCUCAUAUCUAUAUACUGUAUUUUAAACCAUCUAUUGCAUCUUGCCUACGCCGCACGUCCAUCGCGCAUCCUUAUAUUUAUAUAUGCAGCACAUAUUCUUAUUCCAUCCCCUUACAUUGUGUGUAUAAAGUAGUCGUUGUGAAUUUGUUAGAUUACUUGUUAGAUAUUACUGCACUGUCAGAACUAGAUUUCGCUACUCUCGCAUUAACAUCUGCUGACCAUGUGUAUGUGAACGAUAAAAUUUGAUUUGAUUUUUUCAGAACGACAAAUAUUUACCUUGUCAGCUCAGGGAUUCAAUCCAGCAACCUUUCAGUGACUGGCCCAACGCUCUAACCACUAGGCUUCUGGCAGCUACCAGUCUCAUUCUAUAUCCUGGUUCAUAUACUACAUUCCUUUGAAAAGUAUCAUUCUAUAUCCUGGUUCAUAUACUACAUUCCUUUGAAAAGUAUCAUUCUAUAUCCUGGUUCAUAUACUACAUUCCUGUGAAAAGUCUCAAUGCAUUAAGACAUACAGUCUACCUGUUGGUUCUAGGUAAAGUGUUACCUUAGUAUUUUCAGGUCCCUGUCACGAAUCCUCUGAACUGUGUCCCUCUCUGGCCACUUUAAUAAUGUUUACAUAUUUUGCAUUUCUCAUCUCAUAUGUACAGUUGAAGUCGGAAGUUUACAUACACUUAGGUUGGAGUCAUUAGAACUCGUUUUUCAACCACUCCCCAAAUUUCUUGUUAACAAACUAUAGUUUUGGCAAGUCAUUUAAGAUAUCUACUUUGUGCAUGUGUAACAGUAUACUUUUAAACCGUCCCCUCGCCCAUACCCGGGCGCGAACCAGGGACCUUCUGCGCACAACGACAACAGUCACCCUCGAAGCAUCGUUACCCAUCGCUCCACAAAAGCCGCGGCCCUUGCAGAGCAAGGGGAACUACUACUUCAAGGUCUCAGAGCAAGUAACGUAACCGAUUGAAACGCUAUUUAGUGCGGACCGCUAACUAAGCUAGCCGUUUCACAUCUGUUACACUCACCCCCCUUUUGACCUUCCUCCUUUUUCCGCAGCAACCAGUAAUCCGGGUCAACAGCAUCAAUGUAACAGUACAACUUUACGUCCGUCCCCUCGCCCAUACCCGGGCGCGAACCAGGGACCUUCUGCACACAACGACAACAGUCACCCACGAAGCAUCGUUACCCAUCGCUCCACAA